AUGGUCUCUUGUUACGAAAAUCAUGACAAAGAGAAGGAGGUCGACCAUGGUGGUCCAGAUGAGACUUUGUCAUCUUUGAAGGAACUCCAAUCUCAGUUGAUGAAGUUGAACCCUUACAAUCCUCCACCUCAUCAAGAGAAGUUCUCACCCAAUCUCUUGAAAAGCCAGAGAUGCUCUAAGCCCCACAAUCGUCCACUUUAUGUCUCUGGUUAUGCUCAUGAACAAAAGAUCCAUUGUAUUCUCAUUAACGGAGGUUCAGCUGUUAAUAUACUAUUGAAAAUGACGAUGAGAAGACUUGGUCUUACUAUGGAGGAAUUAUCGUAUAGUCAUUUGGUCAUUCAAGGUUUUAACCAAGGAGGACAACGUGUGAUCGGCAUGAUACACUUGGAAUUAAUCAUUGGAAAAUUGACAAGCAACGUUUUGUUCCAUGUCAUUGAUGCCAAGACAACCUACAGCAUGUUGUUAGGACGUCCAUGGAUCCAUGGAAACAGAAUAGUACUGUCAACUUUGCAUAAAUGUUUCAAGUUCCUUCAAGGUGGAAUAAAAAAGAUCAAUGCCGACUUGAAACAUUUUAUUGAGACUAAAGCUCACUUUGCUGACGUAAAGUUUUAUGUAGAAGAUGACAUUCCUAAUGAAAUUCUCCCAGUUGAGAUCCCGUCCACGGAAAGCAAGCAGGGUGAAAAGAAGCAUGUUAAAUUCAUCACUGGAAAGGAUAUUCAUUCACCAAGAAAAGGCCCAGAAUGUGGAAAUAAUCAUUCUAGUGAAUCUACUAGUAAUUUAGUGAGAGUGGAAAUUUCAACGCCUUCCAACAACCCUCUAUUCCUUCGUUAUGUACCAUUAUCAUGUCGCAAGAAAGGACAAUCACCAUUUGCAAAAUGCCUUCAAUCUACAAUAAACAUAGGAAGGCCUCCUACAAAGCUAACGAUGGAGGAUGUAGCCAUAUUGAAAGAAAAUCAUGCCAUGCCUUUAACUUCAUCCACAAAUCCUUUGCUCUCAAAGCCACUAAAUGGAUUCGUGUGGUCUUCACAAAGUCUAACAGAGCAUGGUAUUCUACCAAGUAAACAGACAAAAGAAGGGUUCGACCCAAAGGCAUAUAGGCUAUUAGCCAGAGCGGGCUACGAUUUCUCAAAACAAGGGGACCUAGGGAAACUAAUUCCAGAAGUCACCAAAGAGAAGGUGCAUGGCCUUAACAAAACACAAAGGAAAAUGCGGCUUGAAGGGCAUGAAAUUCCUAUCCCAAAGACCAGAUUAGGUUAUACUUUAGAACAACCAGCUCAGGAGGAGAAAGCUAAUGAUGAUAUCCGCAGUAGCAGUCCUUCACUUGAGCAAGUUAAUCACUUGUCCACAAUGAGUAAAUUGAAGAGUAUCAUCCACAUUUCAUAUUACAGUAGAAGAGUUUUAGAUGUUGAAGCAACCAAUGAAGAGGUCGAUGAAGCUACCCCAACCUUGGAAGAUUGGGGAGAGACUAUAGUUGAUGAACUUAAAGAAAUCGAUUUAGGAACUACUGAAGAACCCCGACCAACUUUUAUCAGUUUACUUCUCACUCCUGAAAAAGAAGAAGGAUACCUUAAGCUCCUAGUAGAAUAUAAAGAUGUGUUUGCUUGA